AGAUGUGGGAAGAGGAUGGACAAGGAAUGCGGAGAGACCAUAUAUGUCAUUGGGCAGGGAUCAGAUGGUACUGGGUAUGGGCUGAGUGAAGCUGACAUGGAGGCCUCCUAUGCCACAGUGAAGAGCAUGGCGGAACAGAUAGAGGCUGAUGUCAUCCUCCUGCGGGAACAUCAAGAAGCUGGAGGUCGUGUGCAUGAUUACCUUGUCCGGAAACGAGUAGGCGACAAUGACUUCCUGGAGGUCAGGGUAGCAGUGGUGGGCAACGUGGAUGCUGGCAAUAGCACGCUUCUGGGGGUCAUGACACAUGGAGAACUGGACAAUGGCGGAGGCUUUGCCCGUCAGAAACUCUUUCGCCACAAACAUGAGAUUGAGUCGGGUCACACCAGCAGUCUGGGCAAUGACAUUCUGGGCUUUGACAGUGAACGCAAAGUGGUGAACAAGCCAGACAGUCACGGUGGCAGCCUGGAGUGGACAAAGAUCUGUGAGAAGUCCAUGAAGGUGAUUACCUUCAUCGACUUGGCUGGCCAUGAGAAGUACCUGAAGACCACUGUCUUUGGCAUAACAGGCCAUUUGCCUGACUUCUGCAUGUUCAUGGCGGGCAGCAAUGCUGGCAUUGUGGGUAUGACCAAGGAGCACUUGGGCUUGGCAUUAGCUCUCAAUGUGCCUGUCUUUGUGGUGGUCACCAAGAUUGACAUGUGUCCUGCCAACAUCUUGCAAGAAACACUGAAGCUGUUACAAUGCCUGCUGAAGUCUCCUGGAUGCUGAAAGAUUCCCGUUCUGGUGCAGAACAAGGAUGAUGUGAUUGUUACAGCCUCCAACUUUAGCUCUGAGAGGAUGUGCCCAAUAUUCCAGAUCUCCAAUGUUACAGGCAAGAACCUAGAUCUGCUGAAGAUGUUCCUCAACCUCCUCUCCCCCCGCACCAGCUACCAGGAGGAAGAGCCUACUGAGUUUCAGAUUGACGACACCUACUCUGUCCCUGGUGUAGGGACAGUAGUGUCAGGAACAACAUUGAGGGGCUUGAUCAAGUUGAAUGACACACUGCUGCUGGGUCCAGACCCCCUACUGUCCACUACUGUCAAAUCAAUCCAUCGCAAGCGCAUGCCUGUCAAGGAGGUGCGGAGAGGCCAGACAGCCUCCUUCGCACUGAAGAAGAUAAAGCGCUCAUCCAUCUGGAAGGGCAUGGUGAUGGUUUCUCCAUGCUUGAAUCCCCAAGCAUCUUGGGAGUUUGAGGCUGAGAUUCUUGUCCUGCAUCACCCCACCACAAUUAGCCCACGCUACCAGGCCAUGGUGCACUGUGGGAGCAUCAGGCAAACAGUCACAAUUCUGAGCAUGGACAAGGACUGUCUGCGCACUGGGGACAAGGCCACCGUGCACUUCCGCUUUAUUAAGACCCCUGAGUACCUGCACAUAGACCAGCGACUGGUGUUUAGGGAAGGUCGCACCAAAGCUAUCGGCACCAUCACCAAGCUCCUCCAGACCACUAACAACUUCCCGAUGAACUCCAAGCCCCAGCAGAUUAAAAUGCAGUCAACAAAAAAGGGCCCAUUGACUAAACAAGAUGAGGGAGGCCCUUCCAGAGGGCCGGCACUAGGGGCACUCACACCCGGAGAUGAAGCUUGCUCUCUAGGAGCUGCACAGCCAGCGGCAUCCAGCGGUCUGCCACCUCAGUCCAAGCCCAGCAGUGGGGGCCGGCGAAGAGGGGGCCAGUGUCACAAGGUGAAGUCUCAAGGUGCCUGUGUGACUCCUGCCAGCAGCUGCUAAAUCUCCUUCCUGCCUACCCCCACCACCCAAGGAAUCCUCGUACUUUGACCACCGCUCCACCAGAUGAGCCAGCACAACUCUGAGUACCUGCCCUCACCCAGGCUACAGCCGGAGUCUCAUCAUGCCCCUCCCACACCCCUGUUUUCCAAGGGGAUUGUAAUUUAUAAGCUGAGGAAGGUGGCCAGACUUCUCAAGGACUGACCAUCUACUACUCUCUUCCCUCUUUCCUUACCUCUCACAUUUUUGUAUAUCUGGGCCCGUAGUUUUUAUUCUUUUUACUAUCUCUCUCUCUCUCUCUCUCUCUCUCUCUCUCUCUCUCUCUCUCGUGUGUGUGUGUGUGUGUGUGUGUGUGUGUGUGUGUGUGUGUGUGGCAGUGCAGGUGUGCAGCAGGUGAGGGCCUUUGCAGUCUGUCUCCUUGUCUCCUCUGGCUGGAAACCAGCCUCCAGGGGCUGGCCGCAUGCCUGUCUGUGUUUUGGAGAACCUCUUGGGCUGUCAGGAGCUGAAGGAGCACCUCCUUCUUGUGCUCUUACUCCUCUCUGCUUGCACUCCUCUGCAGAGCCAGACUUCUGGGCUGAGGGGCCUCUAGGUUAAGUGCUGCUGCCAGAGCUGGAGCCCUCCAACUGGGACUUGGGGGUUUAUCUGGGUGGAAAAUGGUGGCUCCCCAUUUCUCUCACCCUCUUUCUUCUUGAACCCCAAGCAGGCAAUGCCAAAAGCUCUUAAGUUGUAACCAAUAGGUAUGUGGAGGCGAACGGUGAUUGGAUUGUAGGGCUCUCCUGUCCCUAAUUUUGACCCUUGCCACUGACCCAAAGACAGUCACUGACUUUUCUUUCCCUUAGAGACAAUCCUGUGUUUGUGUGGCUAGCGGGGUGACUCCUGCUCUGCUGGUUCUGAUUCUCCCAAGCUGCUUUUUUCUCACCAGGAGCCACCUCCUGCCUUGUCUUGGGCACUGGUCAUCUAGACUUGGGUCUGUCUGCUCAGGGUCAUGCUCGCUGGUCCCUCCUACUGGUGGGUCUUGGAGUGCUCCUCUGAGCCAGGCCUGGACUAGUCCCCCUUCUUCCCCACAGUCCUGCCAUAUCACCCCAACAUAGCUGCUGCAGGAGCACAAUAGUGUAGGGCCUGAAGCCCAGCUUUAUAAGCCCUGAUUGGAGUGUGGGGAGUGACUCUUCCAGGCCCAGCAGAGCACAAAGUCUUCUGGAAGAAUCAUUGCUUGGGUAGGUGUGGGGUUAUCCAGGCCCAAGACAUCAACAUGGGCUCUGAGCCAGCCUGGUCUGAGCUACAGACUGAAACCCUCAGUUGUGGGUGGACUGAGGGGCAGAGGCAUGUUCUUUCUCUACUGGGCAAAUACCCAGCUGGCUGGGUCCUUCCUCAGCCUUGUCCCAAACCUUCUCUUUUCCUCUUGCUUCCAGACUCCUGGGUCUCCUUUCCUCCCAUCCUUCCCACUGUUUUAGUUACCACUGACCUGUGGCCAUGAACUGACCAGCACACAAAAUAAAAGUUUGUUCUAAUUUGAAA